CAGGACAUUAACUUCAUCAACCCACGCCAUGGCCCAUCAAUACAAAUUCGAGAUUCAGCCCCAGUUCUUCGUGGAUUAUUUCCAACUCGCCAGAGAAAGCCCGGGAUCGAAAGUAACCACCCAACCGAGCCUUGGUCUGAUUGAUCGUCCAUAUGAAUCAGAUAAUCAGUCCGAUAAGAAGAAACCAUGGGAGCAAUUCGCAGCAUAUGUCAAUCGACUGAACACGGAGAAUCCAGAUAAUGUCUCUUACAAAGUGCUAUACCUGACAAGACACGGCCUUGGUACUCACAAUAUCCACGAGGCAGAGGUUGGAAAAGAAGCCUGGAAUAACCACUGGUCUCAUCUCGAUGGAGACGGCACCGUCACUUGGAACGACGCAAAGCUCACAGAAACCGGCAUUCAACAAGCCCAAGAACUGAGCCAAUUCUGGGCAGAUGCCAUAAAGAAAGACAAGAUUCCCCUCCCAGAAAAGCUGUACACAAGCCCCCUCGCACGAUGUCUGGAAACCACAAAACUCGUCUUCUCCAAGAUCAUGCAAGACUCAGGAAAAACUUUUCAGCCAGAAGUAAAAGAGCUGUUUCGAGAGAGGCUGACAGACCAUACCUGUGACAAGAGAAGUACGCGAACGUGGAUUGAAAGCCACUAUCCAUCCUACAUCAUCGAGGCUGGGCUUUCAGAAGAAGAUGUGCUGUGGAAGGCGGAUUACUGGGAAUCUCAAGAUGAACAUAUCGCCAGAAAGCAACGGGUUCUGGAGGAGAUUUUUGCAACGGAUGAUAGUCAAUUUGUCUCUCUUACUGUUCAUUCGUAUGCGAUUUCUGCGAUUCUGCUGGCGUGUAAUUCGGAAAAGUUUAGAGUCCGUGAGGGCUCGACUAUUGCCCUGUUAGUGCGUGGAGAGAGUAUCGAAUAGAUCAGCC